UGAACACAUUUAGAACCUCAAACUCAACUCAACUCAACAAACCAUCAAGAAAACAGAGGAAAAGGAAAACAGAGCAUCCUAACAAAAACAGGGGCGACCACUUUUUCUCUCUCAGAGAACACAACAAUGGCGGUGUCGAGAUCAAAGACGUUAGCUUUCGCAGCAAUCGUGAUUGCCGCUCUUCUCCACAUCUCCGCCGCUCAGACUCCUCACACCGUGGGAGGAAACGCCGGAUGGACCAUCCCUCAGGGCGGCGAAUCGGUUUACUCCAACUGGGCUUCCGGCAAUUCCUUCGCCGUUGGGGACAUUCUCGUGUUCAAUUUCGCUGCUGGAGCUCAUGAUGUGACCCAAGUGAACAAGGCAGACUAUGACUCCUGCUCGGCGGCGAACCCGAUGAUGACUUCCACGACAGGUCCGGCGAGAAUUACCCUGAACUCAACCGGCGAGCAUUACUUCAUCUGUGGCGUCCCCGGCCACUGCAGCGCCGGUCAGAAGGUCACCGUCAACAUUCUUGCUUCGACUACUGCGCCUUCUCCUGCUCCCCGCCGGGCUCUCACCCCUGCCGCUGCUCCCACCCCGUCCACUUCCCCUGUUGCCGGCGAUGUCCCGUCGUCAGCACCUGCCCCGACUCCUUCCACUUCCCCUGUUUCCGGCGAUGUCCCGUCGUCUGCACCGACUCCUUCUGCGAGGAGCCCGAUGACUUACACCGUCGGCGAUUCUUUCGGGUGGAACAUUCCCACGAACGGUGCUGCUCUGUUCCAAAACUGGGCCGCCGGCAAAGACUUCAUGGUCGGCGAUAUCCUUGUUUUCAACUACACCGCCGGAGCACACAACGUGGCGGAGGUGACCAGCGACGCCUACACGGCGUGCACAACGACCAACCCGAUCUCCCUGGACAGCAACCCGCCGUCGAGAAUCACGCUGACCACCGCCGGCGAGCACUUCUACCUUUGCGCCGUUCCCGGGCACUGCUCCGCCGGCCAACAGCUUUCGAUUAAUGUCACCGGCGCCGCCAGCACAACCCCUGGAACUCCAUCGCCGUCAGGUUCGACCACUCCGUCGUCCCCUGCCGGUGAUGUGGCUCCACCGUCGCCAAAUUCCGCCACCUCCGUUGCCGGCGUGUCGGCCGCCGCGUUUUUGUCCGUCUUCGUAGCUCUGUUGUUAUAGAUGGAGUGAUCAGUAGAGAUACCUACGGCCGGGCAUGUGAUUUUUUUUUUGUUUUGUUUUGAUCUGUAUUAGUGUUGGUUAUUGAUUGUUAUAUAGAUUGAUUUCUCACAUACCUUAUAUUAAUAAAAGCAAUUUUUGUAGCUCAAAUCAUCAAAGACUGAAUU